AUGGCCUGUUGUCAAGCUUUUCAAAAGUGUGCUAGAUUAGCAUGUUUAAAAUUAAGGCCAACAUGCUCAACUUUAUGUUUGCCCUCCAUAACAAAACUGUUAUGUUACUUUACCAUUAUACCCCUUAUAUUUUUUUUUUACUACUCAAUUUUAGAAAAGUAUUUUGAUAAAUUAUCACUUACUACUGAACCUCCUUACCAUCAAUAUACUACAGAACCAGAUGAUUUGUUUGGAGGAGUCAAUCCUACUACUAUGUUGAGCGAGCAUACAUAUUCACAAUUAUUAGACUUAAACUCUAGAUGGAAACCUAGUCUACCCUCAAAUUUAACCGUAGUUUCUAUAAUUAAAAAUAACGACAAUGUUGAAUUACAAUUGAAUUCUAUAUUUAGUCAAACAAUUAUGCCACAAGGCAUGAUUAUAAUUGCCUCUAAAAAUACAGCUAAAAAAGUCAAACAUGUCAUUAAAGAGAAUGAUAAAUAUAGUGGCUUUGAUGUAUGGAUACAUGUUAUGGAAACAAACAAAUUUAGAAUCAUUGGUUGGUUAGAAGUUGCGCAAGCUGUAAAAACUUCACACAUUCUUUUUUUGGAUUCUGGAGUGGUACUGGGUAAAAAAUUUAUUCAAAACAUGGUUCACACUGCAAAUACAAAAGAGUAUCACAAUGCUAUUUUAGGAACCACGGGUGCUUAUAUUGAAGUGGAUGACAGAUCAAAUAAUAAACAGUCCCUAGUAUGUUUUGCUGAUCAUGAAUCAUGGCCUGAUGAUCUUGAAUCAAUCAACCUAUCUCAAAAAGUUGACAUGUUAACUAAUAUAUGGCUAUUCAAGAAACAAUGGAUUCACAUAUUGUUCCAGGAAAAUAAUAUGGAAUCUGUAAAAAUUCCUUUUGGCUUUUUUUUUUCUUUUUCGCUCAAAUAUCAUGCAAACAUUCCUUCUUACAUCCUACCAACUAACCAUCAUGAUGAAGAUUCUUGGGGUGAUAGAAAUUUAAUACAACAAAAGAAAUGCAAAGACCUUAAAUCAAAUUUUGAUACUGAUGAAUCAUGGAAUUAUUACAUUGAACGUGGCUAUCCUCUAGUUUUCAAGGAAAAAUUGUUAAUGAAUUCCCAGUUGAAUAAGAUUCUAUUCGUGGUUGAUAGUUAUGAUCAGGGGAAAACAUUUAGGCCAUUAUUUUGUAAAUUAUCCAUGAUUAAGGAUAACUUGGUCAAUGUAUUAUUUGCUGACUUUUCACAAGAAUCCUCCGAUUCAAAUACGAAAGGAUUCAUCAAGUAUUCAUCAGAUUGUAAUGUUGAAAUAUAUGAUUUAAGCAUUCAAGCAGAAUUUCAAAAUAGCUUUCCUACUCAAGAUGAGAUAAACCUAAAGAGCAGAAUGCUUUAUGGUGUUAAUCGUAUGCUACAUUAUUUCAAACCAGAAGUUGUAAUAUAUCCAAAGAUUGAAGAUAGUGAUGCAAUUCAUGGAAUAACUAUUGCUGCUGAGGGAUUUAAAAAUAUUACUACAAUACAAUUACCUUUAGAUGAAAUAGUUCAUGCUGUAGAUAUUAUGGCUGAUUUGUCCUUUGAAGCAUUAAAAAGUCAACUUUUAGAAUCAUUGAAUUCAUCUAUAUACUUUGGUGAUGAAAUUCCUUUGACAAUUAAUAUGGAUAAAGGUGCGAGUCCACAUAUUGUUAAACUAGCUGAUAAAUUUAAUUGGGACCAUGGUUCAAAAAACAUCAGACGUAGAGUAGGUCAAGGUGGUUUGUUACCUGCUGUAGUCGAAGCAUAUUACCCAUACAAUGAUCAUGAUUAUGCAGUUUUGCUAGAGGAUGAUACUGAAUUAUCACCUUUUUAUUAUAUCUGGUCAAAAUAUAUUGUUUUAAAGUAUAAGUAUGGUCCUGAUAAGAUACACAGUAAAAGGAUGUAUGGUAUCAGUUUAUACAGUCCAAAACACAUGGAACUUACACUCCCUGGUCGUAAAAAAUUUUAUCCUGAACAAGUAUUCAACAACACAAAAUAUGAUGUUCGGUUGCCUUAUCUUUGUCAGGCACCUAGUGAUUGGGGCGGUGUUUACUUUCCAGAGAUUUGGCAUGAAUUUCACCAUUAUCUUAUUGAUCGCUUGGAGGAUGAUAAUAAUAAUUUUAAAGUUCAACCCAUUAGUAUUCCUCAUAGUCGUUCCAAUAAUUGGAAAAAUUCAUGGAAACAGUUUUUUAUUGAACUUGUAUAUCUCCGAGGUUAUGUAAUGUUAUAUCCAAAUUUUAGUAAUUUCACCAGUUUUUCAACAAAUCUUGCUGAAUAUGAUGAUACUCACAUUCGUUUUAGAGAAGGUAAACAUGAUCCACUAUCAAUAUUUGGUGUACCACUAAUGACUGAAAAUGUCAUAUUCAAAGAACUUCCUGGUGAGGCUUUAGCGAAUUAUAACGAUCUGCCUGUAUUGGAUUUAUGGGGAAAUUUGACAACAUUUCAUAGAAUAAUAUUGCGUGGUCAUGAAUUUCAAAGUAAAAUUUCUGAUUGCCCACCAAUUGAUACUCCAGAUCCUGCCUAUGAUCCAUAUGAUUUACUUUGUGUUGAUCCAAGUGAGAAAGAUAUAGCUGGAUCAAAAUCUAGGAAGUUUCAAAGGGAUAUCAAAGCAAUGAUGAAGAUGUUCGCAGAGGAUAGAAAUAUGACCAAUGCUGUAGAGAUUAAAAUGGGACCUAGAAAAUACAUAGAUAUAUUUAUGAAUAUAAUGAAUAGCACUAGAGAGGCUAGAGAUCAAUUACAAAAACAACUACAACUACCAUUGCAUCAAGAACAAGAUCAAGACCAACCAAUGCACCAAGAUCCAAACCAAGACCAAUUAAUACAUCAGGACCAAGAACAAGAUCUACAAAUACAUCAAGAUCAACUACGUCAGGAACAAGAACAAGAUAUACGGAUUCAUUAA